AUGGGGGCCUCGGAGUCCAAACUUGUCUUCAAGCAGGGCAUCUUCCGCCUGUCAGAAGAGAAGGAGAUCCCCGCAGACGACCCUUACUGGACACGGUUCUGGGAGCUCCCAGAGUCUACAGAGGACGUCUUCAGCCUGUUCACCCCGGCUGACAUCCGCCGAACGCGCGACCAAGCCUUGACUAAUUUCGAAACAUUGCUACUAUCGGUUUCAUCUCGUCUGAUCAUUUUGAAAAACCACCCUUCGUUCCCAGAUCCCGAUCUUGCUCCCGAAAGCGAUGCCCUCAACUGCAUCCGCAUCCUCACUCGACUCCUCCCCUUUGUCUAUGAAGCAGAACACCUGGAAGAUUGGGACGACAAGUUCUUCUGGUCACGUCGCAAGAAGAAGACUCGACAAGCACAGAUUUCUGGAGAGAUCCUGUUUGACGAUUCGCAGGCCGAGGAUGGACAACAACGAAACUCUCCUCGUGGGGAGGAAUACGAAGAUGUCAAGCCUCUUGCAGAAGAGCUGAUUGACACUUUGCUAGACCUGCUAUUCUUCGCUGACUUCAGCAUACCGGUGCUUCCCACUGCGAAGAGCAAGGUUUCUUACUCGAUAUGGCAGAGCGGAGUCGGUUGCAACACUGCAAUGGGGUCAAAUAAGACCCUGGAGAAUAACCGGUGCGAGGUCCUGCGACUGCUGCUGACAAUGACCGGAAAGGCAAUGUAUCUGCCUUCGAAUACACUUCCCGUGCAGGGUGUCAAAGCUAUCACUUAUAUAACCACCUGCCAGGACAAGCAGUCUGUAUUGACUCUCCUCUGCUCUCUCCUGAACACGGCGAUGAAAUAUAAUCCUGCAGCUUGGAGAGUUCCUUAUGAUCAUGUUGUCUGGAAGGAUUCUAAGCAAAUGUUGGUGAUCUACUGCUUACAGCUUCUCCUUGUACUUCUCCUUUAUCCCAUUCCAGAGGACGGGCGUGGAGUUCCUCCCAAAAACUAUUACCGCCAUUACUUCGGCAGAUUGCACAGACCUCAAGAUUUCCAGUUUCUUGUUGAUGGCAUGACAAGGAUCCUAAACCAACCGAUGCAGGCGACAAGCUCCUAUCUUCCUGGAAGCCAGCGAUCUGUGAAAUGGGCACCUGAGAUAUUGAUUCUCUUUUGGGAGGCCUUGCAAUGUAACAAGCGGUUCCGCUCUUUUAUCAUCGACUCCAACCGCUCUCACGAUUUCCUCAUCCUCUGUUACUUCUAUGCUAUGGAAUACAGAAUGGACCCAUCUAAACAAGGCGUCGUUCGACUUUGUAUUUUCAUUUUGCAAACGAUGAGUGCAGAGCCAAAUUUUGGAAAAAGUCUCAACAUGAAGUUCGAAGCACAGGAGACCUUACCACCAUCGAUUCGACUCCUCAAAUUCCGAGGCAGCUAUGCUGACUACCUCAUCAUGUCAAUUCACACUCUCAUGACCACAAGCAAAGGCAAACUCGAUACCGCUUAUCCUGCCCUUCUCAUGAUUUUGAAUAAUGUGGCGCCUCACAUAAAGCAUGUUUCUCCUACGGCGUGCUCCAAAGUUAUUCAGCUUUUCUCUUCCAUGUCUGCUCCAAGCUUUUUGCUGGCCAACGAAACCAAUCACACCCUUCUUGCAUCGCUACUUGACUUUAUCAACACUAUUCUCGAACACGGAUUUAAUGAAAAUCCAUAUCUUGUUUACUCAAUUUUAAAGUACAAGGAGCGUUUCGAGGCUGUUCGCACAUUUACUCUUGAAAGCGGCCAACAGGAAAUUGAGCGUCAAAGGGAGAAACGCAAGGCUGGUGAUGCUGAUAUGAUAUCCAGCCCAACACUUUCUCAUUCUGAAGAAGAUCUGCAUGCGCCUUCGGGUGCUCGAUCCCCUUUGACCCGCAUCCCAGAAGAAAACAGUGCAUUUGCCAUUGGCGAUGAUGAUUCUGAUGAGGAAGGAGAAGAUGGAGGGGCACAAACACCGUCACAGUCCUCUCCAUCCGCUCAGACCUCCCGCAGACCCUCAUUCGCAUCAACGACAGAUGAGACUAACUCCCAGGCCCGAGGUAUAUCUGAGAAAGCACGCGGCAAGAUGCCCGCAGGACGCCCAUCCUUCUCCCGCCAGAACAGCAUGACUAGCCAAACCAGCAUGUCUGCUCUAUUCACCGGGUCGUCUUGUGGAUUCACUCCAACCGUGGCAUGGCUUGAAUCGUGGCUUCCGGAGCUUCCACUUCAUACUAUCCUCACCCUCAUUUCCGCCAUUGCGCCUCAUAUUCCCGAGGCCGCCCUUCAAUCUACGGCCAGCCCCGAAGCUCGCACAUUAAUCCACAAUCUUCCGUCGUUUGCGGAUGAGCCCCAGGUCAAGAGUAUUGUCUCUGAGCCAACCCCAGUUCGCGCCCAGUCUUUUGAAUGGUCUGCGCUGUCUAUGGGCUGGUAUGAGUCGCUGCUUUGGGGCUUCAUUUUCUCCAGCGAAAUGGUAGUUGGCUCUGCAGCCGGUGCUACUCCUGGUACUGUAGGUGUUUGGAACGGCACUGCAAUUAAGUUAUUCAGGGUGCAGGAAGCUGCUGCCCAGGGCCCAACUCUACUGGCCCCCAAGGGUGCAGUGGAUGCUGUUGGUAGCAAUCUGGUCCAACGCAUUGGCAAUCUCAGCCUCCGAGGCCGCAACUCAAUUUCCCAGGAGUCUUCGGGUGGUCAUUCACCAAGUGUAAGGGAAGUCUAG